CUGCGGAGGCGAACGGAUCGGGAGCAGGACACGCGGCUAGUCUGGACACGCGAAAGGAAGAGGCAUGGAGAACGGAGUGGCCACGCUGACCUUCGCGGACGGAGGCAGGCUGAAGAAGAGGGGCAGGAAGAGGAAGAACACGGAGGAUGAAGAUGUGACACUGAAGCGCUUAUGUACGCGGCGGCGUUACCAUGACGACGUGAUCUCUGACGAUGAGAUCGAGGGGAAGAGGACCUUCGACCUGGAGGAGAAAGUGUACAGCAAUCGCUUCACCUCCAGCAGAAUCAAGCGCAUGGAGGGAAAAGAUUUUACAUAUGAAUUCGUUCAGAGAGGAGGGCUGAGGGACCCAAUCAUCUUUGAGAGACCUGAAGGACUUGGAAUAAAAAUGCCAGAUCCAGACUUCAGUGUAAAUGAUGUAAAGAUGUUUGUGGGCAGCCGGCGGAUGAUCGACGUGAUGGACGUGGCCACUCAGAAGGGCACAGAGAUGUCCAUGGCCCAGUGGAGGCGAUACUACGAGACGCCGCCCUCCCAGAGAGAGAAGCUGUAUAACGUCAUCAGCCUGGAGUUCAGUCACACCAAGUUAGAGAACUUGGUUAAGCGACCGGCCACGGUGGACAUGAUCGACUGGGUGGACAACAUGUGGCCACGGCACUUAAAGGAAAGACAGAGAGAUUCCACCAACGCCAUCAUAGAUAUGCAGUAUCCUAAAGUACAGAAAUACUGUCUGAUGAGCGUACAGGGUUGCUACACAGAUUUCCACGUAGACUUCGGUGGCACGUCUGUAUGGUACCACAUACUGCGUGGAGGAAAGGUGUUCUGGCUAAUCCCUCCCACGCCGCCGAACCUGGAGCUCUAUGAGAACUGGGUUUUGUCCGGGAAGCAGGGAGACACCUUUCUUGGCGACAGAGCCACCGAUUGCCAAAGAAUCGAACUCAAGCAGGGCUACACGUUCAUCAUCCCAUCUGGCUGGAUUCAUGCAGUAUACACGCCCGUGGACACUCUAGUGUUCGGUGGGAAUUUUCUACACAGCUUCAACAUCUCCACGCAGCUCAAUAUCUACAGCAUUGAGGACAGAACGCGGGUACCAGCUAAGUUCCGUUACCCCUUUUACUACGAGAUGUGUUGGUACGUGCUGGAACGUUAUCUGUACAGUAUGACCAACACCUCAUACCUCAUCCCUGAGUUUCAGAAACACUCUCUGGGCAUCGGCCUGAUGCGAGAAUCCUCCAGCUCGGAGGCUCUUAACGGCCACGCAAAGGACGAGGAGGACGACGACGACGACGACGGUCCUCCCUCUCCUCCGACGCGACCAGGCGUGAAGGUUCACCUCACUCCCUUUGAGCUGGAGGGGCUGUGGAAUCUGCUCGGGAAACUCGAGGCUCUCCCAUCGAACAAGAAGUGUGUCCCGUCAGGAAUACAUAACGCCCCGGCUGUGCUUUAUAACAUUCGGGUUUUACUAAAAGAGCACGCGAAUGAUAACCCUAAACUCUCGUACACUGGAAAACCCAUCGUCAGGUGGCCAAAAAGGCCCUCCUGGUACCAGCCUCCCCCUCCUCCUGCCCCGGCAGCCCGUCCCAAACUCGGCGCCACUCCGAUCGUCCCGCGGCCGACCAAGCCGGCGUCCACCAUGUCGGCGCUGCGGCGGCGGCGCGUGCGCUGCAAGCGCUGCGAGGCGUGUCUGCGGCCGGAAUGCGGCGAAUGCAACUUCUGCAGGGACAUGAAGAAAUUCGGCGGGCCCGGGAAACUGAAACAGACGUGCGUCCUCCGCCAGUGUCUCGCCCCUGGCUUGCCUCUCUCUGCCGUGUGUGAGAUCUGUGAGGAAGGGAACCAAGACACUGGAGAGGAACUCAUGGAAUGUUCUAACUGUGCUCAGAUUGCUCAUCCUGGCUGCCUAAAGGUGCCGGGAGAGGGUUUAGUGAACAAAGAUCUUCCCAGCUGCUGGGAGUGUCCCAAAUGUGUGAUGAACAAGGACACAGACUCCGAGUCAUCGGGCAGUGGUGAUGACAUCACGGCUCAGGAAGGGUCUGGGGGGCUGAGGGGCGAGGGCGGGGCGUGGCACGGGGUCGGGCGGCCCCCUUCCUCUAUGUCGCACGGGUCGCUACAGAAACAGGUGGCGGCCCCAGAGCACCGGCUCAGGAAGAGGAUCAAACUGGAAGGAAGCAAAAUGAAUAAACGCAAAUCCGCUUUGCUGGAUCCCCGUGUGGCCAAGAUCUACCGGAGACACGGGAUGGAGUCGGGCAGCGAAGGCGAGGACGGCGAAGGAAGGAAGAGGCUGUCGCUCCACGCCAGAGGCGCCAUGUCCGCCCGCCGCGGAUUCGGGUCGAGCCGGCGCGGCCUGAUGAGAGGCUCCUCGCAUCGAGGCAGCCGAGGGGGCAUGAUGGCGAAUUCCUCCUCCUUAAAAAUGAGGCGCGGACUCGGCGCCCGAGGUGAGCGCGGCGGGCGCGUCCGAGUGCGAGGCGGCUCCAAAAUGGGGCGGAGGCGGUACGAAUCGGACGACGACGAUGACGACGACGACGACGAGGAAGACGAUGAGGACGACGACGACGAGGAGGAGGAAGAAGAGAGCGACGAAGAGAGGUCCACGGGCCGGGCGGAAAAGGAGUACCGCUCGCGCCGACAGAGGCGCCGAGGCGAAGACGAGGACGAGGACGACGACGACAGUGAAGAGCGAGACCUGGAUGGCGAAGACGAAGACAUGGACGAUCAGGACGACCGAGGGGACGAGGACGACGAGGGCGAGAACCGUUCCGACUGUGAAUCCGACCCCCCAGUCCUGCUCAUGUCUGAUUUAAACGACGACUUGUUAGACGGCUCCUACUUGACCGUCACGCUCCAGCGGCCCCCGAAAGCCAACCGCGACCCCGGAUCCAUCGUCCCCAGGCUGGAGGCGGCCGUCUCUCCGCGCGGCGGCGGCGGCACCGACGGUCUCCAGCGCAAAUCCCUCAACAAGCUCCGCCAGAAAAACGGCAGCUCCCUCUCAUCUGGGAACGGGCUCUCGCAACCCAAAUCCAACCUCGCGCCGGGACGCCAGACGCGCCAGAGGAGUUCAAACCUCGACGCGCGGCACGGAGAUACGGCUUCACCUUCCGUUAAUCCUCCUUCUCCUCCUCACGCCACUGCCAUCGCCAGCUUCUCCCCGCCCAAGCUCCUCUCUCAUCCCUCGUUCCGGGACGUGGGGAACGAGCCGGGCUGCGAGAAGGAAGUUUGGGUGUCCGUGUUCCGCCACCUGAGCCGAACCGAGCUGGCUGUGUGCAUGAGGGUUUGCAAAGCCUGGUACAAAUGGUGUUUUGAUAAACGUCUGUGGACCAGUAUAGAUUUGAGUCGAUGUCGCUCGGUCAGUGCUCAGGCCAUGACGUCCAUCAUCAAGCGCCAGCCCGUAAAGCUCGACCUGUCCUGGACACCCGUGUCUAAGAAACAGAUAUCCUGGAUCAUCCACCAUCUCCCAGGUCUGAAGGAUCUGAUUUUGACGGGCUGUUCCUCGUCCUGCGCCUCGGGCUUGAGUUCUCAGAAUCUUCCCCAUCUGCGCACGCUGGACCUGUGCUGGGCCGAGGGCGUCAAAGAGUCCCAGCUUAAAGACCUCAUCAUGCUGCCAGGCAGUGAGAAUCGCAGCAGGCUGAGGAGCUUGGUGUCCCUGCGCUUAUCCGGCCUAGACGUGAGCGACUCGGUUCUGAAGCUGAUCGUCAGGUACAUCCCGUCGCUGAGGACGUUGGACCUGUCGCACUGCGGCGUGCUCACCGAUCAGUCGCUCUGCCUGCUCACCGCCAGCGGCGCCAACGCACGGAACACUCUCAGAGAGGUCAACCUCGCAGGUUGCCAUAAGCUAACGGACACGUGUCUGUCCUACCUGAAGCGUCUCUCCUCUCUGACCCUGCUGGACCUGCGGUGCUGCAAGGGCGUGACCCGGCGAGGCUGCGAGAACUUCAUCUCCGACCUCUCCUACUGCACCCUCUUCUGCCUGACCGAGGACAAGCUCAUCCAGAGGGUUUCGUAACCCCGACGCACACGCACACACACGUACACCGACGCCCGCACACGCGCUCUCUCGUACGGGUAGGUGCGCUCCCACCAGCGUCGGGCUCCCUCGCCCGGGAGGGUCUGGGAGGGUCGGUGGGUAGACGGACGCCACGCCACGCCACGACCCCCUAAGAAGACAGAGGCACCCGAUGAGAGGCAUGGACACACAUCCACAGUGACUUCUGAUGAAGGACCGAAGGCUCGCGUGUGCAAACCCGAAAUGGAGAUGUACUGAUCCGAAUAAACUGGGAUAUAUUGGUGAACUGGGAGGAGUCUAGUGGUCGAUUGUGAAAUAAAAAUGUCGCCCGGUGUUAUGAAUCGGCGCACUUACAUCCGAGUGCCGAGAGGAUCGGCUCCGUGUUCGGUCUGCAACUGUUACAGUUCCUGUCCCAAAUUUGUGCUUUAUUUAUGAUUUUAUCAACAUCUUCUACUACACUCACUAAAAGUUCAGGUCUACUUACCAUAAAGGCCUAAAUUCUUCUCCCGGUCUCGGGUUUUUCUUUGCAUUUAUCUUAUAAAUCUUCUCCACGUGUUGUCGGGCCCCUGACGUAUCAGCAUCUUCCUCUUUAGGUUGUUCGUUGUGUUUAUUUUUCCCCUCUGGAGCGGCGUCUCGAGUCCAGACUGCAGCCUCACAGCUUAUUUUGUUUCAAGGUGUUUUUAAGAAAAUAAAAAAUAGAAAAAAUUAAUAAAAAAUGUCACAUUUUGAAAGAAUUGUGACCAAGUCAAA